CAGUCACCGUAUUGUAUGUCAGUGGAGGGAUAAAGACGGUGUAAGAGAGAAUAAAGGCACCUUUUUUUGUAAGUGCACUCGGAUUAAAAAACAGAUUUUAUAGUUGAGUUGUAUAUAUAGGCCUAGGAGCGUGCUUGAUAGUGCUGCUGUGAACGCGCUUUACAGAGGGAGUGUACUGACGGUAUCACGGCUCCGGAGCACCGCAUCUAUUCUUGUAGUAAAGACUAAGAAAAAAAAGAACUUUCUCUAUAGGAUAUCUAUAGGAUACGAGCUGGAGACGAUGGCCUCAGUGAGUGACCCCCGUCAGCAGAUGCCGGCGCAGAAGGAUGCAGCCGACCAGAACUUUGACUACAUGUUUAAGCUGCUCAUCAUUGGUAACAGCAGUGUGGGGAAGACCAGUUUUCUGUUCCGCUACGCUGAUGAUUCAUUCACCUCGGCAUUCGUCAGCACUGUCGGCAUUGACUUUAAAGUCAAAACUGUGUACCACAAUGAGAAACGCAUUAAACUACAGAUCUGGGACACUGCAGGUCAGGAAAGGUAUCGAACCAUCACCACAGCUUACUACAGAGGAGCAAUGGGCUUCUUGCUUAUGUACGACAUCACCAACCAGGAGUCGUUCUAUGCUGUACAGGACUGGGCAACUCAGAUUAAGACUUACUCAUGGGACAAUGCUCAGGUAAUUCUGGUGGGUAAUAAAUGUGACUUGGAGGAUGACAGACUGGUGGCCACAGAAGAUGGACAGAGACUAGCUAAUGAGUUGGGCUUCCAGUUUUUUGAGGCGAGCGCUAAAGACAACAUUAAUGUGAAGCAGGUCUUUGACCGGCUAGUUGAUGUCAUCUGUGACAAAAUGAACGAGAGCAUGGAUGGACAACCCAGCCCAAUGGCUAAUCACAAUGGACCCAACCUACAAGAAGCGCCUCCUGCCGGCCAGAGUGGCUGCUCAUGUUAAUAAUCUCUCUCUCUCUCUCUCUCUCUCUCUCUCUCUCUCUCUCUCUCUCUCUCUCUCUCUCUCACACUCUCUCUCUAUCGCUUUCUCAUACACACACACACACACAAAAACUGUUUCACAAAUACUGUAUCACAUUCGUCAGCAGUUUUAUUCUGCCCUGCCACAGAUUCUAUUUUCUUUCACUGAAUGAGGAAUGGAAGAUCAUUGACAUUUUCAUAUUCAUCAAACCCUAUGCAUGGGGGUAUAGUAACAAAACAGAUGUUUCCCUAUCCUUAUAUUUUAAACAGUUAAACUGAAUUUUCAUUUUGUCUCUGUUUUAUCUAAAUUUGUCAGUUUGGUCAGAAUAAAGCAAGACUAUUUAAUAAGCACCAUGUGGUCCAAAUUCAAAAUGUAUGUAAAUUUUGAUUGCUCUUUAAUUGAUUAAAUACUUAAACAUAGUACAUGUCAGGUAAAUCCAUCCAAUGAACAUAUUUGAGUCACAUGAUCAUUCACAAAAUCCAAAUAUUGAUAAUCAAAUAGAAUAAUAAAAAAAAUAUUGGUUAAUCAUACACCUGACUAUUAUCCUACAAAAUCCCCGAUUUUGUGCAAGUGUAACUAACUAGAAUAAUUAAUGCUGCUUUGAAGGCAAGGGGUGGUCACACCAAAUUUUGAUUUGGACUACUCUUUUAAACAAGGGGUUUCUACUUUACCUCUCACACAACUGGUUAAUGUAAAAACACUAAACUUUUUAUUUUAUUAGGGAAACCUUUCCAUUUCUCAUGUUAAACAUAUUUUACAUCGUAGCUGCAAAGGAAAUAAUUCAUAUGUGCAUAAUUACCUAACCGCUGAGAGACAGAAGGUAUUGAGUAGAUGUAAAUACAUUUAACUGACGAUCAAUAAAAAGACAUUAGUCAUUAUCACCACUGAGUUUAGGAAUGACAUUUAGGUAUAGGGUGCUCAGGUGGUGCAGUGGUAAAUCACACUAACCCACUACUGGGGUUUAAAUCAGCCAGUCUGGCGUUUACACAGACAUUAUUGGCUAUGUCUGGGGGAAACGUUUUUUUAUUUUUUUUAUUAAUUUAUUAUAUUAAUCAUGCAGAUUUCAUUAUUGCUGCUGUUCUGUCAGUAUCUUAGUGUACCCCUGCAGCCUUCCGUUCUUUGAAAAGAAAAUAAACUGAUGUUAAAACUCA